AUUUUGCUUUACGGCCAAUCUAAACACUGCCAAUUUCCCAUAUAUGCCCAUACUUUAGAUUCAUAGUUACAAUAUUAGUAUUGCUUAUCAUGCCAAUCUCCAGGCAAUAUGGUAUAUAUAUCUCAGGAUUUUUGUUAGAUUCCUUUAAGCCAAGGGGAAAUGGAGCGAAUGCGCAGAGUUUUCUUGGUGUUGCUUCUCGGUGCAUUAUUCUGUAAAGAAGUCUCGGCGGCUCAACAUGUUGUUGGGGGCAGCCAAGGUUGGGUUGAAUCUGCAGAUCUCAAUUCAUGGGCAUCUGGGGAAACUUUCAAGGUUGGCGAUCAAGUUGUUUUCAAGUAUAGCUCAGGGCUGCACAGUGUGGUUGAACUAGCAAGUGAAAGUGCCUACAAGAACUGCGACCUGGGAACAUCAGUAAACUCUAUGAACACUGGAAAUGAUGUGGUGAAAUUGGUCAAGCCUGGUACCCGUUACUUUGCUUGUGGCACAUUAGGCCACUGCGGCCAGGGCAUGAAAGUCAAGAUCACCACUGUUUCCAGCAGUGCCCCUCCCAGCCCAUCGCCCAGUUCAUCCUCGUCGACACCUUCAACUUCCCCGAAACCUGCUUCAACUUCCGGGGCUUCUUCUUCUAUCACUCCAUUUGCGUACAUUGUUGCACUGCUAGGCACCAGUUUGGCUUAUGUGUUUCGAGUGUGUUAAAAUUUGAGGGUUAAAUCACAACUUAAUCAGUUUCUAAGUAUGGUAAAGAUAUUCCUUGGAUUAUGGAAAUAAUAUUGACCAGAUCGUUGUCU